AUGGAUCAUCAACAAACACCACACGACGGUCCCUCAACCAUCCUCAACCGCCUUGCGUUCCUCCCACUCGAGCUCCAAAAGCACAUCAUCUACGACUACCUCACGGUAAGUAGCCCCUGCCUCUUAUCCCUCUUCGUGCCCGACUGGGCCGUCUGCGCCCGCGCCUCGGAUCCCGUGAAUGAGAUUUACGACCUCCAGCGGAUCGACGUCUAUACCAAGGGCGGCGGCAGCGUUCAAGGUAAGUACGAGUGUGGUGUGAGGCACGGGGAUGGGCAUCACGCUCCGUUUCCGUUGAUGAGGCAGGCAGACGACGGCUGGGGGGAUCAGCAGCACCAGCAGCAUGGCGCGUUGUUGUUGGACGAGCUGGGAAAGAGAUUUCCUGUUGCGAUGGACUGGGCUCUGCGCGACCUCGGACGGAACGGGCUGAGAGUCUUUGAGCAGGUUUGGCCUAGGGGUCAUGACGAUGGGAUAGGUAGGUGCAUGGCUAGCGGAGCGCUCGUCUUUUGUGAAGGUGGUCGCGGCCGCGGUCGAGAUGCCGACUAUCCUCGCCCUACAGGAACAGUCCCGACGAACUUGGGGAUGCCAUUGUUGUUACCCCGCCACCUACUAUUCAACAGCUUGCCCUCCGACCCUUGGCUCCAGCUCCGGCUGCGACGUAACGCCGUGACCGACUUCCGAUGCGAGAUGGCGUUCGUCAUCGAACGGGGACCAGAGGAGUUUGUCGCGGUGGACUGGACUGCCAUGACGCAGCUCGAGACGCUGUUCCUCGAUUUGCGAACGUAUGCUGCUCAGGGUGGUGGUACGUUCCUCCGGGACGGGAUCCGGCGCGCCGCGGUGAAGAUGGGGUGUCUUCGCCUCCGGUGUCUUGUUGUUGCGGGGCUGAGGACGGGGGAGAAGUACGGUAGGUCGCGGGGUGGUGCGUGGGAGACUGACGAGGAGGAGGUUGAUGGGGAGGUGAAUUGGGUCCAAGUUUUUGCGCCGGCGUUAGAGGAGGGCGGGAGGCUGGUGUUUGUUGAUCGGAGGGUUGGGGACGUUGAUUGGGAUGCGUGGAGGGUCCGGGCUGAGGCGGAGGAGUUAUUGGUUCCUGAGGGUGAGCGGGGGGAGGGGGAGUGUGUGACUGAGAAGUAUUUGAGGCAUGUGGACAGGGUGAUGGGUGAUGGUGAGUGA